GCAUUACAUUUCAAAUAAUUUUUGGUGGGGCAAGCGGAAAGCCAGGCAAAGCUGAAAUUUUCCAAAGCAAUAGGCAAAAUUCAAAAUUACCGGAGAAUGGCGUUAAGGGAACGGAAGGGAGAAAUGGUGAAGAGGAGCAUUUCGGAAGACUGGGACGUUAUAAGGAUGGCGCGAUACUUUAGGGAUUUGCAGGAAAAUGAGGUGCGAACAAUGCAUUAUUUGGGACUGGCCUACUUGGUUUUGUCCCGUCGCCCGUUUUUGCAAUUGAAAGUUCCGCUGUCCACUCAAAACUACGAGGAUGGAGACAGUGUGGGAGCGGGGGAACGAGCAGGCUUUGCCCUCCAGCUGAUCUUCACCUGUCCUGCGAAUUAUCCGAUCCAAGUGCCGCAGGUGGAGAUCGUGGAGAAGCGCAAUAUUAGCGAAUCCUUGGAGCAGGCGCUCCGCAAAGAAAUUGUCCUGAUUUUGGAGGAACAUCUCGGGCUCCAGAUGAUUGCGCCUGUGGUGACCCGACUGCAAAUAAUACUGAAUACCGAGGUGAAGAGGCAACCCUUCUAAGCAAGUUCACCCAUAAGUUGUUUUUCGCCAUUUUAUGUGCAACAGUUAUUUGUGGACAAUUCCUAGUACAAUAAAAUAAAUCAUUUGUCAACGUAAAA